ACUCGUGCACCUUAUAUCUUGCUAGGAAACAUCCUUCCGUUUCUGUUGGCAACAAUAUUCUACGCUGGAAGAGUCUAUAGUCGAGCAUUAAUUUUGAGAACCUUCGGCUGGGAUGACUGGCUUCUCACAUUGGGAUGGGUUGCCGCCCUCGCCAACUGUAUCAUGGCUUGCUUGUUGACAAACUUUGGCGGCGGUCUACACGAAGCCGAUGCUGCACCAUCCACCAUCGUUCCUUCCCUCAAACUACUCUACGGCACCCUCAUCGCCUAUCAAAUCUCGCUCUGCGCCACCAAGCUAUCUCUCUGUGCACUAUAUCUCAAGGUGUUCACGACAAGUCGCUCCAGUCGGAUAUUCCUCUACGGCAUCUUUAUAUUUGUUACGGUAGCCACCAUCAUCCUCGAAUGCGUCUCCAUCUUCCAGUGCAACCCUGUCAGAGGUGUCUGGGACAUCACCAUCGACAAGAAAUGCAUUGAUACCAUACCGGCAUUCUACGCUUCGACGGUGGAAAACGUUCUGGUGGAUAUACUCCUGAUAGCCUUUGCGGCACCGAAGAUUAUGAGACUCAAUUUACAUGCACGCCAGAAGAACGCGCUUCUCUUCACCAUCUGUCUGGGCGGCAUCCCUAUCAUCGCCAGUAUCGUCAGAGCGGUAAGAGUCAGCAGCAUCCUACAUGCAGAGGACAAGACGUGGGUCUCGUUCGACUCAUCCAUCUGGAGUGCAGUAGACGCCAAUGUCUCCAUCAUCUGCGCAGCCGUACCGUCUCUCAAACCUCUGCUCCGACAAAUCGCUCCU